AUGAGCAGCGUACAUGUUUCGCAAUACGUUGGAUUUCCGUCUGCACAGAUUACAAACCUUAUACUUUUAAUACUUAUUGUAAAAAAAGCAUACAAAAUGUUUGGACAAUAUUGCUACGUAAUGACAAUUUUCACGAUAAAUUCAAUAAUAUUUACAUGGGUUGAGAUGAUGUCCCUGCCGCUUAUGCAUGGUUAUCGUUCACUGUUCAUUCUUAUGAAUGGAAGUUUUCUCAGACACUCAUUGACAUGGGGAUUUCAUCUAAUGUGUCUCUAUGGUGCGUCGUACUCUGUACUGAUUUCUUUACUUGCCACUCAAUUUUUCUACCGAUAUCUAGUCAUUUGCAAGCCAGAGCAUCUUUGUAAGCUAAAUGGUUCGAAGUUGUGUUUACUCUUUGUUCCAACUAUUAUCUUAUUUUUUGUUUGGUAUUUUUCCCUAUUGUUAGGCAUGAGCAAUACAGAUGAUAAAGUUGAAUAUUCAAGGAAAGUUGUUAUGGAGUUUUAUGGAGAAAAUACCUCAAAAACUGCGUUUGUCGCAUUGCAGCUUUGGAGUGUUGACUCAAAUGGAAAAUAUAUAUUUCGCAUUUUUGAUGCAAUCAGCUAUUUGAUUUGUUCGCUUAUAAUUUUCAUAUGUUUUUCAACAAUUUGUUUUUGCACUUCACAAAUUAUGAUGAAACAGAAGAGACAACAACAAUAUAUGAGUGAAAAAACUAAAGAAAUGAAUAAGCAACUGCUUAAAACAAUGAUUUUUCAAACAAUAUUCCCAUUUUUCAUGAUGUACAUAACUGUUGGUGUUGUGUUGACGUUACCUUUAUUUGAAAUUGAACUGGGCAAGCUGGCAAAUAUACCUGGUUCACUGGCAGGCAUUUAUCCUGCUGUAGAACCUUUAUUUGCAAUAUAUUUCGUGAAAGAUUUCAGAAAAACAGUAUUUCGUUGCGGCAAUUACCAAAAUAAAGUCAGCAAUAUUUCUCAAGUCAGAUCAACUAUGUAA